AUGGGAAACUGGUCCGUUAAAACCCAAAUUCAACUGAAAAUCGUGUCUGGAAAUAAUCGAUUUGUGAGUGCUGAGAACACAUUUGGCAACACUAACCCGCAAAGUCUGUUAACUUCUUAUGGAUGGGCUGAUUUUAUGAAUUGGGAGACAAUGAUGUCGGAGUGUGUUAUUGAUGACACAUUAGAAGUCGAAGCGCAUGUUUUGAUCAAAAAAAUGACUGGAUUUUACGGAGAAAAUUUGAUUCAUUUCAAUGAUGAAGCGUUAUCCGAUGUUAUGAUUGCUAUCGGUGAAACGAAGUUUUAUUUAUCGAAACAGUUCCUGGCCGCGCAAUCCUCAUACUUCAAGGAUCUCUUCCUUGAGAAACAAAAGAAAGCCAAGAAAACCGUCGAAGGAAUCGUUCUUCUCGCGAAGCACCUCGAUUUUCCGUUAGCCAAACGACAAUGCCUGGAGUUUCUUCUGGAAAAAUCAAACAAGUCGCUGAAAAAGAAAAUGCAAAUGGCGGAAAAAUAUGAACUGGAAACGUUGGCGUUUUCAUGCGAGGAAUCGAUCAAUGUACCGGACGAGAGCAUUCCUGCGAAGAAGCCGAAGCUGGAUAAUGUUGAAAAUGUGACCGUCAACUUGCCGCCUCCAUCUCCAAAAAUUAUUAACGAAGUGAUGGAAUACAAAAGUAAUUCCGCACUCAUCGACACUUCUUCGACUCUUCUUGAUGAAAGUUCCAAUAAAGGAUUGAAUUGCGUCUGGAAUGGAUAUAUGAUCGGCCAAAAAGGACCUAUCAGUUUGACAUGGAAUUUCGAUUGGAAAGAAUUGAAAUCUCAAGGAAUUGAUGGAUUAUCAGGAGAAAUUCAGUUGAAAUCGACUAAUAACUCAUUCGUUCCUUUCUCGAUCUCAGUUGAUUUGACGGAAUCCACUCAGAUGAUUGAGCACGUGAUUGGAAAUGCAGCGAACGAUAUUCGUGUCGCGUUCGAAUAUCAUUUCAUUCCUAUAUAUAACUCAUAUCAAGAUGUUGCCGAGACUUCAACUACAGUGAUCAUAGAAGAAAGCAGCGCCCAAAGCGCCUCCAUACGCACAUCCCUGGAAGAAAGUAAUCCAGAACUUGAAAUCUUCCUCCCAUCGAAGAAAAAUGACACUGUUUUAGUGGUUGAUGCCAAGUUGCUUUAUGUCAAUAAAUCUUUCCUUUCGUACCAUUCGGAUUAUUUCGAUGAAUUAUUCUCAUCUGAUGUUCAUAAAGACAAGGGAAGUGAGAAUCAAGACCAAUAUUCCAUUGAUGACGUCAAAUAUGAGGAUUUCGAAUUACUCAUCAGAGCUAUUCACAUGAAUACUGGUUUUCCGGAUGGUUAG